UCCAGUCUUCGCCCUGUCCGGCGCACGAUCAAGAUGGCUUCAUCCUCGUAUCUCACACCUCUGCGGCGCUUUUGUACCGCUUCAAGACUGAGGUCCCCAGUCAGAAGGGCUGUGCACACGGCGAUGCCAUCGCUGGACAUCUCCCCGUUCCUCUCAG